CUCUCUCUAACAAGUACUAAUGCACAAAACCCAUCUCAUCAAAGAUUCGUUUUCAUUACGCGACGCCCCGACUUCGAUAUUUCCUUUCUUUCCUCCGAUACAAAUAACAAAAUUUCAACUGAAGGUUUCUCAGGUUUAUUCUUAUUAUUCCCUGUCUUGAUUCUACUUAGAUCCCUUAUUCUCCUGUUAACUAUUUUAUUUUAGUUCGGUUCUCUCUAUGCUUUUUCCCCAACCUGAAACGAACACUUACCCUUCUUAUAAUCAUCAUUUACGACUGCACUGUCUUCAUUCUUUCGUAUUGACGAAUCCAAAGCUUGAUUAAUCUUUACCCUCACCCAAAACAUGGAUUAUACCGAAAAAAUGAGGAGGAUUCUUGAGUAUGUGGAAGCUUUGGAGGAAGAAAAACGUAAGAUUCAGGUGUUUCAGCGUGAACUUCCUCUGUGUUUAGAGCUUGUCACACAAGCUAUUGAGACGUGCAAGAAGGAGUUAUCCGGUAAAACGACGGAGUACAUGCAGGGGCAAUCGGAGUGCUCGGAGCAGACAUCAAGUGAUGCUCCUGUUUUGGAGGAAUUUAUUCCUCUAAGAAGGACUUCAUCGGUGGAUGAAAUUGAUGAACAGCAUUCACAUGACCAGGCCGACAACUGUAUUGAUAAGAAAAAAUCUGACUGGCUUAGAUCUGUCCAGUUGUGGAAUCAAUCCCCCGAUCCACCGUCUAAAGAGGAUAUACCUAGAAAAACAACGGUGUUGGAGGUGAAAAAAAAUGGCGGUGCAUUUCAGCCAUUUAACAGAGAGAAAAGUGAAGGAAAGGCUGAGCAGAAAGCCAACCCUUGUGUGCCAAUGGCUGCCGCUAGUUCAACAGCAGAGACAGUGAGUAAAAGCGGUGGCGGAGGCAGUAAUAAGAGAGAGGAUAAAGAUGGGCAGUCUGAAAGAAAGCAAAGGCGGUGUUGGUCGCCGGAAUUACAUAGACGAUUUUUGCACGCCCUUCAACAACUCGGUGGUUCACACGUUGCUACGCCCAAGCAAAUCAGGGAGUUAAUGAAGGUUGAUGGGCUUACAAAUGAUGAAGUCAAGAGCCAUUUACAGAAAUAUCGGUUGCAUACAAGAAGACCAAGUCCAACAAUCCACAACAAUGGCAACCCACAAACGCCCCAUUUUGUGGUGGUUGGAGGCAUAUGGGUGCCACCCCCUGAAUAUGCACCUGUGGCUGCAAAAGCAUCAUCUGGUGAAGCCGCCAUUGCCUCCACCGGCAUUUACGCACCAGUAGCAGCACCCCCUCCUGCACUUCCUAAAUCAUCAACAUCAGUAAUCCAAAGAUCACAACAGACACAGUCCGAGCAAUUGCAAUCCGAAGAGAGAGGCAGCCUUAGUGAAGAAGAAGCCCGGCAUUCUAAUUCACCAUCCACAUCUUCCUCCACGCAUACAUCUACAGUUUCCCCUGCGUUUAAUUAGUCCUGAUAGAUUUGUAACAAAUGAAGCCUCCGCAGAAAGACUUAAAUAAUAUAUACAUACAUAUCAUUACAAGAUCUUUUCUUGGAAA